AUGGCUCAACUACCGGACUGGGAUGAUCUUCCUGAAGUGAAAGGGAUGCCCAAGGGCUGCACAUGGGGUUUGUUCGACAAAAACGGGGUUAAGGAUGUCUUUGGCACCCUUAACAUUCUGACGAAAGACGUGGUGCAAGCCGCCUUUGCAGAAGCCAGGGACGGGAUCUCAAUCUCGCUGAACUGGCCACUCGGGGCCAUCAAGACUCCUGGUUUCGCGCGCAAGCCAUCAGAGCACAAGGUCCUCGCAUUCUCCGAGUCUCCCUUUCCAUGUCAUGCAUUUGACGACGAGGUUUCGUUCAAUACACAGACUAGCAGCCAGUGGGACAGUCUGGCUCAUUAUCUCCAUCAGGCCACCCAACAGGCAUACAACGGUGCCAAGGUCACCAAAGAUGCGCUGGUUCAGGGUUUUGGAGAUGAGGAUAAGGAGCAUCAAUAUCCAACCUUAAACCACUGGCAUGAAAGAGGUGGAGUAGUUGCUCGAGGGGUCUUGAUUGACUACAAGGCCUAUGCCGAUACUCACGGGCUCAAGUAUAAUCUCUUCAACAACGACCAGAUCAAGAUCGAAGACAUUGAGAAAAUCGCCCAGCACCAAGGAGUCGAGUUUAAGCUCGGUGAUAUUCUUAUCGUGCGAUCUGGCUUCACCGAGGCCUUAGGUGCCAUGACAGCAGAGCAACAGGACGAGGCAAUGUCAGCCCAUCGGGUGAUAGGAGUGGAAGGAACUGAAAGCGCAGCUAAGUGGGUUUGGAACAAGCACUUCGCAGCAGUGGCGGGUGACAUGAUUGCUUUCGAGAAUUUGCCACCCAUUGUAGAUGGUAAGGAGGGCACGGUCAAAGACCUAGUGCUCCACUCCUACCUGAUUUCGCUGAUGGGCAUGUCCAUUGGAGAGCUCUGGGAUCUGAAGGCCUUGUCCGAGCACUGCGCAGAGGUAAAACGAUACAGUUUCUUGUUGACAUCCGUGCCGCUGAACCAACCGGGAGCUGUGGGGUCGCCACCCAAUGUGCUUGCUAUCUUCUAG